GGGCCGCUGCCACUGCCUAGGCGGAGGGAGAAGGUGGCGAGCAGGGAGGGGGGGCGUGUGGAGGAGACGAUGGGGAGGAAGCGCCCUCGGCGGAGAGACACAUCCACCUACACGCCGUGAAUCCUUUUUUCGGGGCCGAGGAGGGAGCAGGAAACCGGCUGCCACGCGGGAUUGAUCCGGAGCAACGGGCACGAGGAAGCGACGGAGACCUGUUGUCUAGAGGACUUGGGUUUGAUAACAGCCACCCACACACUUCCAGACCCUGACACUGCCCAGAAGACGGGGUGAGGAGGAGAAAUUUCUCCUCUUGUGUGUGUACGAAAAGAAUGAGGAUUGGCUCCAACAGUGUCCAUGGCUGUCAAGGACAGGCACUGAUUCUGCUUUCUCUCUACUGAAACAAUUUUUAAUUUGAUAGAGGGAGAAAAUAGACUAUAAUAAAUAUUUAUCUUCUCAGAUCAACCAUAACUAUUCACCGCCUCAGACAAAUAAGAAAAAACUGUCGCCACUUUGCAUUGAACCAGGAGGAAGAAAUCCCUAUACGGGGUGUUUCUUAAGAACUGGAGUUGCAGCUAGAUUGGUGUGUGCUUGCCUGGUGUGGUGCCUUCUGGACAGGGAGAGAAGGAUUUUCUCUUAGGAAUAUGCAUUUUUCUUUUGUGAUGAAACUUGCUGCAUGGGGAGUAUUAAUAAAACCUUGUGAAUGGGAGAGAUUCAACUGCAGAACCUCUUUUUACCCAAAAUUUUGAUCUCCAGUAUGAUCUGGGGGGCGUGUUCUUUUGAGGAAAGAACAAGACUCCAUUACAGACUAACGCUUUUUAAGUUUUGUGGUCAACCAGUCUAUUUUGUAAUUUUUGUUCCUGUUUUGUGAUAAAUUGCUCUUAUAACCAUAAAAGACUCUUUUAAAUUAGUGUAUAAUUUUGGUGGAGAGCAAAGGAAUACCUCCCAAGCAUUUCUAGUAUGACAGCUUUAGUUUUUCAAGGGUUAAUCGGGGCUUGGCUAAUACAUUUUACCACCAUUCUGGUAACAAACUUGCCCUUUAUUUUUUAAAUUGGGGCUAGUGGGGAGGAUUAUCUUGGUCGGAAGAAUCUUUGUUUUGUGGGGUUUCCCUCAUUACACUCCCUUGAUGACUCCUGGAGGUGGUAGUGGGCCCAUGAAAGACUGUGAGUACAGUCAGAUCAGCACACAUAGCUCCUCAUCUCCCAUGGAGUCUCCCCAUAAGAAAAAGAAAGCAGCUCCCAAGAGAAAAUGGGAGAUUUUCCCUGGAAGAAACAAAUUCUUUUGCAACGGAAGGAUCAUGAUGGCCCGGCAGACUGGAGUCUUUUACCUGACUCUAGUUCUCAUCUUGGUGACCAGUGGACUCUUCUUUGCAUUUGAUUGUCCAUAUUUGUCAGAGAAGAUUACACCUGCUAUACCUGCAGUAGGUGGAAUUCUAUUCUUUUUCGUGAUGGGGACGCUGCUGCGUACUAGUUUCAGUGAUCCUGGAGUCCUCCCACGUGCAACACCAGAUGAAGCUGCAGACCUGGAAAGACAAAUAGGUAACACAGAAGAUAUUGCAAAUGGUUCCAGUUCAGGAGGAUACCGUCCACCUCCCAGAACAAAAGAAGUAAUCAUCAAUGGACAGACAGUGAAAUUAAAAUACUGUUUCACUUGCAAGAUUUUCCGCCCACCUCGUGCCUCUCAUUGUAGCCUUUGUGAUAACUGCGUAGAACGGUUUGAUCACCAUUGUCCCUGGGUAGGCAACUGUGUGGGGAAAAGAAACUACAGAUUUUUUUAUAUGUUUAUUUUAUCUCUGUCCUUUCUGACAGUCUUUAUAUUUGCAUUCGUUAUCACCCACAUCAUCCUUCGAUCACAGCAAGCAGGAUUCUUAAAUGCCCUCAAAGACAGUCCAGCAAGUGUGCUGGAGGCUGUUGUGUGUUUUUUUUCCGUUUGGUCUAUUGUUGGUCUCUCAGGUUUUCAUACAUAUUUGAUCAGCUCCAAUCAAACAACAAAUGAAGAUAUUAAAGGAUCUUGGUCAAAUAAAAGAGGAAAAGAGAACUACAAUCCGUACAGUUAUGGCAACAUCUUUACUAAUUGUUGUGCUGCGCUUUGCGGGCCAAUCUCUCCAAGUCUAAUUGACAGAAGAGGAUUUAUACAGCCAGAUACACCACAGCCAACAGCACCAUCAAAUGGCAUUACUAUGUAUGGGGCAACACAGUCUCAGAGCAACAUGUGUGAUCAAGAUCAGUGCAUUCAGAGCACUAAAUUCGUUUUACAGGCUGCUGCCACACCACUACUACAGAGUGAACACAGCAUAACUAGCGAAGAGCUGUCUUUACCAGGAAAGACCACUAUCGGUGCUCCUUGUGCCACGCUAACCCUAGGGCAGCCGACACCACCGUCCUCCAUGCCAAAUCUCUCAUCAGAAACAGGUUUGACAGACAUGAUACCAUUAAAAGAGGAACAUGAAGGUCAUCAGUUUCUCACUCCUGAAGAAGCUCCAUCACCUCCUGGUAUGCUGCCUGCAGGGAGCCCUAUAACUCACAGCCAUACAAUGCACGUCCUGAGUCUAGCCAGCCAAGAUUCAUUGCAUGAAGACUCAGUGCGUGGUCUUGUGAAACUUAGCUCAGUUUGACCAAUUUUUAUUGCUAUUAUACCAUAUCAUAGUGGUUGUACAAACAUUUAUGCAACAGGAAAGACUUUACAGUACCACUGUAAGACUUUAACAUGCCUAUAUAAUGAAAACUUUCCCAUGUAAUGGAGUUUGCUAAAUGGACACAUUAUUUUUUCAAUGGAACUAUGGCAUUCUUUUGACUGGAUUGUUAGUGGUUCUGCUUUGAUGACUGCUUCUAUUUUUAAAUAAAACCAGGAAUGGUCAGUAAUCCUCUUAACUGAAGGUCGGGGUCCAGCAACUUGGAAUUCUUCCUGUAGGAUGGCCUUUGUUACAGUAUAAAAAAAGAGAGAUUCUUGGAUGUAAGUGUCAUGCUAUGUGUUUUAUGCUCUUGUAAUACACACUUGUUAAGGCUUACCACUCUUGUGGCCAGAAUGAUCUGCACUUACAUGUUAUGCUACUAAUAUUGAAAUAGAAAAUAUCCAUUCCAUUUGUUAAUACAAAAAAUGACUGCAGAUGUGGAUUUGCAUGCCACGCUAAGGUAUGUGUUACAGUGGUGUUGGUAUUAAAAGAGAGUGCUGCUUUUUUAUUUGUGAAUUUCAAAGUACUGUUUCAUUUAAAGAUGGUGCAACAGACUAACCAAUGGUCAAUGUUAUUUUUUCAAUGUAUUAAAUUUUAUUUUAAAUGAAUCAGUGGUACCUAAAAUAUGAAGGGCUGCUGAUUUUUAUCAUGCUACAUAUCAUUUAAACUUCUGUUCAGUUGUUUAGAAUAAGAUACUGUGUUGUGCCAUACCACAGAUUCUUCCGCUCCUUUGUGUGAUAAGGUUACCUGCAGACAUCCAAUAAAAUAACAUCCUCUGUU